UGCCUCUUCAACAUGACCGGAAAGAUCUACAAGGAGGGAGAAAGGUGGACGUACGGCUGUGACUACAACUGUCUCUGUAUAGACGGAAGCAGGGGACUAUACGUCUGCAAUGACGUGUGCAAACACUUCGUGUGUCCGGCCAGUUACCACUGCACAGAGUACGAGGAUCCGGACUACGCUUGUUGCAAACUGCUCAAGAUUGAGGUGGCCACUCUACCUCCCCCAUCCACCACCCUUGCCCCAACCACCACAGAGAAAGUCAAAAUAGGUAGCAUAACAUGCCCUCAGUACUACAACCUGCCCACGGAGACGUGCCAGUAUGUGGAGGACCCCAGCGACCCCUGCUGUAAGAUCCCCAUCUGCCACGCCCCUGACGACACCACGCAGAACCCCUUACAACCUGUGCAGUUGCCCAGCGGGGGAUUCGAGGUGACCGCCGCCCCAGGAACCAGUGAGUUGGGACUUCUGUGUUUACAACAGCAAGAAUUAUAA